CUAGACGUUUUCCUUCUGCUCUUCACUCUCCCUGUGGGGAGCUUCCCUUCCUUCAGGCGCCACCAUUCACCCCGUGUCUGUGUUGCUUUUCUUUGAAGAUUGGUUGUGGUUCAGUGCACCAGCUCCUCUGUUCUCCCACCCUUUUAUUUCCCCUGAACAAAUGCUUUAAGAUGACAGAGGGCAUCUUUCUAUCAGGUGCACGGUGUGGAGUCCUCGUGCGUGCUGCCUCCUGUGUGCAGUUUCUGUUCAGGGCUUUGAUCUUGCAACUCUCGUUCUUAGAAGCCAGGGCUUUAAUCCCUGGAGCUCUUAGCAAAGGUAGUUGAGCCCCUGGGGCCUGGUAACAGCCCCUGUGAACAAUGGUCCCCUGUGAACAAUGGUCGCCAGCACCUGAUGGCCUUCAGGGCCCCUUCAGUUUCCAUUUCCUCCCUUCUGUUCCUGCAGGCAGAGACCGUCUGUCUUUCCCCUGCUGCUUGCAAUCUGUAGAGAGUCAAGGCACAGCAGUGACAUUCCUGGGGGUUGUUUCUGGGACCUUCUGUUGAGGUGGCAACCUAAGACCCCCACUCCCCAGCAAAGUCACCCAGGGGAACUUCCCACAGACAUCAACGGCCUCAGCCUCACUGAGAAUGGUCACUUCCUCUCAUUGGUGGUGUUGAUGCUUCUCUGUCUCCACACAGGGGGUGACGAUGGCCUUCUGAGGGGCUGGGACACCAGGGUACCCGGCAAAUUCCUCUUCACCAGCAAAAGACACACCAUGGGCGUGUGCAGCAUCCAGAGCAGCCCCCACUGGGAGCACAUCCUGGCCACAGGAAGCUAUGAUGAGCACAUCCUACUGUGGGACACACGGAACAUGAAGCAGCCGUUGGCAGACACGCCCGUGCAGGGUGGGAUAUGGAGAAUCAAGUGGCACCCGUUCCACCACCACCUGCUCCUGGCCGCCUGUAUGCACAGUGGCUUUAAGAUCCUCAACUGCCAAAAAGCAAUGGGUGAGUGGGGACCCAUGGCUGCUGGGCCUCAGGGCGGGGCACCAGUUCCCUGCACCCUCGCUCUGCUGCGCUCUUCCCUCAGCUUUUACACACUCCCAGGGUUGCACCCUAGACUUGGUCGUGAUCCGUAACCAUCCCAGCUCCAGAAUCUCUGCUUUCUAACCACAGUUUUCCCUGGUUUCCCAGCUCCAUCAGUCCAGAGCCUCCUGCAUUUCAGCAGACUCUGAUCCCACUGGGACCUCUGGUCUGGAGGCUUGGCCACCGUCACUCCCAUAACCAUCCUUGUCUGUGCUCUCCCUUGCUCCUCCUGCUUGAGGUCAGCUGGGACUGUGGUCUGCUGCCCCUGUGAGCUCACACUCCAUUCCCUUCAUCCCUUUCUCACACUUUGAGCAGAAUCCAGUGUUGUUUUGUUGGGAACAUGCACCUCUGCUUCUGGCUGAGCCAGAGAGCGUGGCUGGAACCAGCUAUCCACGUUGUGUUCCAGUAGCUCCCUGGGGA